AUGAAACUGGCAUGCUUCACUAAGGGAAGAUGUUUGUCUUGUUUCGUUGUUUGCAUUUGCACCAAAUUCACCUGGCGGCCUGAUUUUCCUUCUGUGCAGUGCCAUGCGAACCCUGCUGGCCAAGCUGCCAAGACCCUGGAUCGUUGAUGAAAAGAAAGAUGAUGGCUACACCGCACUCCACCUCGCUGCCCUCAACAACCACGUGGAAGUCGCCGAGCUGCUUAUUCAUCAGGGUCACGCCAACAUGGACCUGCAGAAUGUGAACCUGCAGACACCGCUGCACCUUGCAGUUGAAAGGCAGCAUGCCCAGAUAGUCAGGCACUUGGUACGCGAGGGGUGCAACCUGAACAUCCCAGACAAGGACGGGGACACGCCACUGCACGAGGCGCUACGUCACCACACACUCUCACAGCUGAGGCACCUGCAAGACAUGCAGGAUGUCACCAAGGCUGGUGCAGGACGCUUGAGCACGGCAGCAGGCUCAACCUCCACCGCUGGAAACCUGGAGCUUCUAAUGGGCUUGGGCAGUCAGGGUGCGGACAAGAAGUCCAGUGCCUCCAUCGCCUGCUUCCUGGUGUCCAACGGCGCCGAGCUCUACAUCAAGAACAAGAAGGGACAGGCACCCUUGGACCUGUGCCCCGACCCAAAUCUUUGCAACGCACUCGUCAAGUGUCGUAAGGACAAGUCCGGGUCGCAGAUGCUGACGCCAUCGACGAGCCCGCAACCGAGCGAGCAGGAGGCCCUGGAGGACUGCAUCGUCUGCUCAGACAUGAAGCGCGACACCCUGUUCGACCCAUGUGGCCAUAUUGCCACCUGUGCCCUGUGUGCUCCGCGCGUCAAGAAGUGCCUGCUUUGCAAGGAGCCUGUGCUUGCACGCACAAAGGUAGAGGAGUGCGUUGUCUGCUCAGACAAGAAGGCAUCAGUACUCUUCAAGCCUUGUAGUCACAUGUGUGCCUGUGAAGGUUGUGCUGCCCUGAUGAAGAAAUGCGUCCAGUGUCGUGCACAGAUCGACAAGGUGGUUCCUUUCAUCGUCUGCUGCGGAGGCACGGCUACCAAGCUGCUCGACUUCGGUGCACAGGAGGCUUUCGUCGGUCAAGACUUCGCGGUGGCGACAAAAAGCUUGGGUGCUGAGGACACCGAGACAAAGAAGAAAGUGGUGAACCUGCGUGGCCCCAUGACCAAGUCUGACAUCCCACUCAACAUCUCGAAGUUUCCCGUUGACAAGAAUGACAACUCGCACUCUGCGUCUAUUCGUGCUGGUGGGCCUGGGCCACUGAUGAACAACGGGGCACACGACAACACGGUCCACGACUUUCAAAAGUUGCAGCAGCAGCUGCAGGACAUCAAAGAACAGACCAUGUGCCCAGUCUGCCUGGAUCGACUCAAAAACAUGAUCUUCCUGUGCGGUCACGGGACUUGCCAGAUGUGCGGUGACCGUAUGUCCGAGUGCCCCAUCUGCCGCAAGGCAGUCGAGAAGCGCAUCCUGCUCUAUUGAGUGUUUGUUCUCUGGCACAGUAGAGCACGGGUCUCGAGUCGCUGGUACGAUCUGCGGUCCUCUUAGUCACAACCGUGUAGCUAGUUGCGCCCUUUUCGGGUGGAGACAACACUUUGACAUCAUUGAGACUUGGCGCUUGCGUUGAUGCCGUGGCUCCCCCCCCCCCCCCCCAUUUGUCUUUUUUUUUUCAUAUGCCUAACAUAUAUGCAUGCCCGUAUUUCCGUAAUUUUUCACUCCUUUUACCUUUUGGCACGCUAUUUUACUUAAGCGUAUCGCUUUCCUUAUAGUCAGCUGUGUCUCUCUUGUUGCAUUUAGUCUUCAGUUAUGCCACACCCACCCUGUUGUGUUUGAUUGAACUAUCACUUUUCAGCUAUUUGUCAAGCACAGUUAGUUGCCAAAUGUCAUUUAUUAAAGUCCAUAGAAUGUAGUUUCUGAAAAACUAGGAUGUCAUCCCUGAAUUUAUGGAAAACUCCAUUUAAUAAUAAGAGGUCAUCUUUGCUAUCAAAAUAAUCAGGCGAGAAACAAAGACCAGAUGGGAUAAAUUUCUUGUUUGUAAUAGUUACGCAUCUUGCGCUAGCAUUUCGCGGGCUCAUAAAGCUCUAUUGCAUAUUUAAUUGCUGUCAAAUUUUCCUAAUACUUCCUGUUCAAUGCCAUAUUCAGUUGUGUGUACUCGUAAAGAUUUCCUUUUCAAGAGCUUCUGUGUAGCUUUCUUUACUGGAUACUAUUUAGCAUUAAAAUAAAAUGCUCACAAGAGCUUUUGUUUUCUUGUCAUGAUGUGUGUCUUUUUGUUUGUUUUAUUUCCAGACUUUUUAAAACGUUACUCGUGCAGUUUUGAAAGCCACAUAAAUUUUAGACUAGUCCGCAAUAUUACUUGGCCACCACACAAAUUGACUGUUCGUGCAAAACAUUGAGCAAGUCGGGAAUGUGUGCUGGCUCUAUGAAUGUCUUUUUCAAAUUGCCACUCACCCUUGCUUCAGCACUUAUUAACAAGAUUGUCAUAAUGAUUGCUUCCUGUAUAGUUCAUUCAUAUACUGCGCUCACAGAGCAGCUAGAAACUUUGUUAGAACAAAGGCAGAUUGAGUGUGCUCAGGAUCCCUGCGAUUCUGUUGCUGUCAUUGUAGUGUGUGCCUCGCCAUUGUCACUGUAGUAGUUUUGUUCGAAGUGCAUUGAACUGUCCUACCCUCUGCAAAGAAGUUCAUGAUCAAUACCAAUGUGAACACUUGCAUUUAAUCUUCACGUUCUCUGUGAAAGUUCUUUCUUUCUAUCAAACAGUAAAUAUCGUAUAUGUCCACAGGAAUUAGUAGGCUGUGGUGUUAGGUCUUCCUCAUUGUGUUACAAGCAGCUGCACAUUCAUAAUGGUUCAUUGUUUGUUGGAUUGAAAACAAAUGUGCUGGUAUCCUUACUGCUUGUGUGCUCUGUAAGUUAUUGUUGAUAGUUUUUACCAGCGGGUUCGGCUCACAGACAAAGAGCAUGUACCAUCUGGCCUUGAGGAUUGACUGCCAAUAACUGCCACUAAACUACUACGCAUCACCGCAAAACCUUGAGCCAGUUCACAUUACAAUAACUUUUGCUUGAGAGUAUUUGAAAUAUGUUGUAAUCACAACUCCGGUGUGAUAGUGUUUGUCAUUGAAUCAUUGAAUGUGCAUGUAAUGGGAAGCUCCGGGGUAUUAUUUCAGUCAAGUCACAAUGUUCUACAAUAGGCUAUACCGUAUUUACCCGCGUAUAACCCGCCCCUACGUAUAACCCGCACCCCUAACUUUGAACUCGGCGGAAAAAAAAAAAAAAAACUCGCGUAUAACCCGCACGUUUACCUGAAAAAAAAAAUGAGCGCUAGAAAGAUGCAACUGAAAGAUGCAACUCACACUCAGUGAUCAUUUCGUUUUCAGAACAUUUAUUCAAACGACCGCCACCACGUCACUGGUUAUCCGAUUCUUAAUCGUCGCCGCUCUCACUACUGCCAUCCGAGGCUUCAUCGCCACUCUCAAAGACGUAGUCGUCCUCGGCACCAUCCAAACUAUUACUGAUCGCACAUUUUUUAAAGCUUUUGCGCACCAAAUCGGCCGGUAUCGCUUUCCACGCAUCCACGAUCCACUGGCACAGCAAUGGAAUAUCAGGCCUUCGCACGCGUCCCGUCGGUGUGAGGGCGUAAAUGCCGUCGGCCAUCCACUGGGCAUACAGCCGCUUCACGUGUGCCUUGAACGGCUUGUUCAGGCACACGUCGAGUGGCUGUAGCAUGGACGUCAUGCCGCCAGGUAUUAUGACGAGGUCGGUGCUGGUCUCGGCAAGGCGAGCCUUCACCGCAUCAGUGCAGUGGCCUCUGAAGGAAUCUAGUACGAGCAUCGACCGGCGUGCCAGCAAGGCAACUGGUCUUCGCUCCCAGAUUACUCGAAGCCAGUCACCGACUAGGCCACUGUUCAUCCACGAAUUUUCUUCCGCACGCACAACGAUUCCUGGGGGCAGUGGAAUGCUAGGUAGCGUCUUGCGAAGUGCGAUCACAUAUCGUUGAAAGUUCAACAACUUUUCCUCGUAGGCUUCAGGAAGCCGCUGGCACAUGGUUGUUCGCCGCCGCAUAGAAAAUCCAUGUCUUCGCAUGAAGCGCUGAAGCCAUCCACGGCUUGCACGAAACUCACGUGGAAUGUUCAAUUCCCGGGCCAACUUCAGGGCUUCCAUUUGCGCCAUCUCAGUCGAAACAGCGUGGCCACGACUUCUCUGCUCCUCAAUGAACUUCGCAAGCUGCGUCUCGAGGUGGGGGUACGCGCCAGUCUUCGGACCCCGAAACGCUCGCCUGUCCCGGUUCGUUGCUUCGAGACUCUCUUUUUUCUUCCUCCAGUCGCGAAUGCACGACUCGUCGACGUCAUGCUGUCUUGCAGCAGCUCUGUUGCCGAUUUCUUCGGCAGCGGCUAUAAUCUUUAGCUUCUCUUUCGCUGUGAAACGCUGCCGUCGAGUCGCACUCAUGAUGCCAAAACAAAGCAGGCAAACAGUGCAAACUGGGGUAAGUACACUAAACAGCGCCUAACGCGAGGCUCAACAAUGCUGGCCUUUCGUUGGCCCUUCAUCGGCUUGACAAGCGUCGAUGACGACGGGAAGGCGGACUACACGGGGAGGCCGCCGCACAUUGCGGUGAAGCCGACCCCCCCCCCCCCCCUCCCAAGGAAAAAAUUCGCAGAUAACCCGCACCCCCACUUUCUAACCGCGUUUUUUCACAUUUUGGUGCGGGUUAUACGCGAAUAAAUACGGUAUAUAGUGCGGUAUACUGUCGUGAUAGCUGGUCCUACUAAGCGCUGUAACUCUUGAAAAAUAUUCCUUGAUCAUACAACUGAUUGUUUGUUGUUUGCAUGUGUUAGGACAAGAAAUCUUAACGACUGCACUGUCAGUAUUUUGCCGUAUUGAAACGUAUGCCCUUGUCACCAGGCAGAAAGGGUGAGUUGCAGGAUGUUAUGUGACCUGUUGGCUUAGCACUUUUAUGUGAAUUUACUUCCGUCAACAGCUGGUGUCCUAACAUAGGGCUUAGCUUUUUAUUGCAUGUCAACUCAACACAGGGCUAAAUGUGAUGAAAUAUUGUGUGCCCUUGUGUCUGCACAAAAGUUGUUGAUGGCUCGCUCUCUGUGCAGUUUCGUUUCACUAAAUCGUUGCACUUAAUCUCCAGCCAAGCCAGUCUAUGUAAGACAUUAAUCAGCUCUGCUUUCUUCAAUGCCAUAAUUUUUAAUAUCACAGGGUGUCUGAAAUUUUUGUCUAGAAGACAGAUGAAUGAUCCAACCAAGAGAAAGCGGUGAUGGAUGACAAGGACUGGAAUUGAUCAACAGUGAACAAAGGAGGCUGAGGCAUCACUUGUUCACCCAGUGCUAAUCAGUUCACUGGUGGAUGGACUUACAAGGAGAUAUUCACCUUAUUUUCCCAACUGUGAUCUGCACCUAGUAACAGUCUGCAGGGUCAACUUUGUGCUUAAUAUAGAAAGUUAUUCCUUAGUCUGCCCCCACUGCAACCUCUGCAGAGAUAGUGAUAGACCAAAAAUAAGUUGUUGUUUUCUAAUUGUCUGCAAUGAGUAUAACCAGUCUUGCUAUUAUACAGUCGAUUUUGUUAUGUAAUUCAGCGCGGUGAAAGGCUGCAGGGGCGGUGGUACCUAGUUUUUUUCAAGCGUGCCUGUGGUCCUAAAGGUAUUAAAUGAUAAUCCACGCCAAUGUGUAGUCUACAACACGUGAAAUUUCAACUUUCCAACAUGUAUUGUCUGCAGGCUGUAUUCCAGAAAAUGUGGUAUUCUAGUGUCAAGCCUGUGAACAUAGUAUUGUAGUUUAUGCAUAGUGUUUUACACAAAAGCCACCAGAGGGCACUCUUGUGUUAAUAAUCUUGCCAUGAUCAGCGAAUUUAUCAGUGUGGUGUCUCGGCCGGUGUGAGGUAUAGUUGUAUACAGGACUCAAAAUAAAACUGGCUUGAGGUGUGCCUAUAGCUUUUUAAAUAAACCUAUCAUAGCAAAAUUUUAUGUCAAAAUAAUCAGUAACUUAGUCCAGCCACUUAGCGCUACUGCUAUCUCUCUGUUCACAGUGCUUCGAAUGAAGAGAGUUGGUGUUAGUAACGUGGGCUCUUGCUGUUAAAAUAUUAGCCAGCUUUAGAAUUGCAUGUGCCUUGGACAGCUGUCAUUUGCUUAGUGCACCGAAAUUUUAUUGGUUUUAAAGCUUUACCACAAUGGGUGUAAAGCAACAUUACAACAUUAAUACACGACAUUGUUGAAGCAAACAAAAGGGCUCUUAAUGAGGUAGGCACAGGUACUUCGCUGGCCAAUAAAAAUCGCCUGUAUCUCCCUGUUUUCCAGGAUGCUUGACCUUUUUUUGAGCACCAGAUGGCACUCAGGUAGUGUUUGUGUGAAACUCCGUGGUUGUUUGCUAAAUCAAGCAGCUCACCUUCUAGCCACUUACAUUGUCUAGCCCAGUUUGAGUACUAGCCAGAUAGCCACUUCGCAAUUGUCAUUUUUUUUAGCUGUCUUACUGCCAUGAAUCUUGCAAUCCCGCCUUUGUAUGAAACAGACGCCGUAAGUGCAUUUGCAGUAUAUUGAACCAGUGAAGGCUCACUCACAGUGGUGAGGACUUUAGAGUUAUCGGUAACUAAUUGAUGAAGGUGAACAUGUCCUGCACAGUAAACAGUUGUCAAUUGACUUUAAAGAAAAAAACAUAGUGCUCCCUUUCUCAUUAUGUUUGCACUAACCAUACCAUCAAUGGACCGUUGAGUGUACCACCAUUGUACCACCAUUGUUUUGUGCCUUAAUCUACAGUCCGCUGAGUGGGAGAGCAACGAUGUGCUUACUAGCGUGAGAGAAAGACUGGUUGACUGUAGUGUGCUUGGUAACAUGAAUGAAGGCUUGGUUAACUAACAGUAGUUUGGGGCUUCGAUGACUGCGCUCUUCAGGUCUGGCUGCCACGGCUGAUCCAAGUGCGACUGUGUGUUUAUCACUGGAAAGUUUGCAAGAACUAAAUGCCAAUGUUUUGAUAAUGUCCUUCAUGCUGUGCUUUCGCAUUUUGCUUCUCCUGUUUACCAGGAGUGCAAAUGUCCUCAUCCUUAUUCAAAACCUUUGCAUGUUUACUUGAUUUAGUUUUGCCCAAAGUAGCUCAGUUCAGCCUUGUUCUUACGUUUCUCAAGAUCCAAAUUGCUGUACUGCCUUGUAGCGGCACUUUCAGCUCUUAUUUAUAUUGCCUUGUUUGUAGAGCAUAAUAAAAAAUGGUGCAAACCGA